UGGAGACACGUGACAUACAGAAAAUUCCAUAUCAUACAAACUUUAUUUAUAUAGAAUAAUCUUCCAGCAAAUGAAUAAAUUGGAUCUAAAUUCAUCUUCUACAAUGGAGCAACAAAAGGAUUCACAACCAAAGUGGGAAGCAAAAGUCUCAACAACAAUACAAAAGGUAAGUGCAAACCAAAUAUUUUCUCUUUUCAAAGAUUUUUUUGGCCUAAACAAAUGGUUUCCUAGCUUGUCAACAUGUUAUGGCAUCCACGGCGAAAAUGGCGAGGUCGGUUGCAUACGAUAUUGUACCGGAUUCUCUCUCCCUCCAGAGAGUGGUGGUGUUGUCACUGGAGAAGCCCCGGUGAGCGGUUGGUCCAAGGAGAGGUUGGUUGCUAUUAAUCCAAUUGAGAGGAUAUUAAGUUAUGAGAUGGUGGAUUGUAACAUUGGGUUUAAGUCAUACUUUUCAACGGUCAAGAUUGUUCCAAAUGGAGUUGAUGGUCAAGAUGGAUGUGUGAUUGAGUGGUUUAUCACCGUAGAUCCAGUUGUAGGGAUGAGAUUGGAGGAUUUGGUCAACAAGUAUGAUGUUGGGCUGCAAGGAAUGGGUAAGAACAUGGAAAAUGCCCUAACAAGUUCAUAAGUUAUUUAAUUUUGGGAUUUCAUGUCUUUUUUCCUAUGUCAAUGAAUUCUACUUAAUAAAUGUACUAAUUAAUACUCUCUA